AUGCCCCUCGAGUCUGCCUAUAAGUACGGGCUGGACCAGUACACAGGCGAGAACUGGCCAGAGAGCGUCAAUUACCUUGAGAUAAGCUUGAGGCUGUUCCGGCUCUUGAGGGACAGUGAGGCCUUCUGUAAUAUAAACUGCAGUACAGCCCGGGUAGAUAACAACCCUCCGCCGCAGGGUCUGGAAAACUUCCCCGAGCUCAGGGUGUUUGGAGAUGUUCUGAUGAGAGCUCGCUGCCUGAAACGUUGUAAACAGGGACUCCCUGCCUUCCGUCAGUCUCAGCCCAGCAGAGAAACUAUGCUGGAGUUCCAGACCCGGGAGCCCUAUAAAUACCUGCAGUAUGCCUACUUCAAGACCAAUAACCUACCCAAGGCGGUUGCAGCUGCCCAUACUUACCUUCUGUUGCACCCUGAUGAUGAGAUGAUGAAGAGGAACAUGGCCUAUUAUAAGAGUAUGCCAGACUCCGAGAACCAUAUCCAAGAUCUGGAGACCAAGAACUACGAGAAUUUGUUCAUCAGAGCUGUGAGGGCCUACAAUGGAGAGAACUGGAGAACCUCCAUCUCCGACAUGGAGCUUGCCUUACCAGACUUCUAUAAAGCAUUCCAGGAAUGCACGGCCUCCUGCGAAGGGUCCAGAGAGAUCAAAGACUUCAAGGACUUCUAUCCAUCAGUGGCCGACCACUACACCGAAGUGCUGAGAUGCAAAAUGAAAUGUGAGGAUGACCUCACCCCCGUCAUCGGAGGAUAUGUGGUGCAGAAAUUCGUGGCCACCAUGUACCACUAUCUCCAAUUUGCCUAUUACAAACUCAAUGACGUUCGGAAUGCCGCCCCUUGUGCAGCAAGCUAUCUGCUCUUUGACCCGGAUGAUGAUGUCAUGAAGCAGAACAUGGUCUAUUACCAAUACCACAGGGAGAAGUGGGGCCUUUCAGAGGAGAAAUUUAAGCCCCGGCCUGAGGCCGCCCUCUACUAUAACAUCACUACCAAACAAAAAGAGAUGUACGAGUUUGCCAUUCAGAACCUAGUAGAUGACGAUGAGGGAGAUGUGGUGGAAUACCUCGAUGAACUUUUGGAUGCAAAUGAUUUUUGA